AAACGCCAUUUUGAUAUGGUUCAUAAUGAAAACAUUGCCACAAGACGUGCUCAAGAAAGAUGCCGUAACCGUACCCCACCAUCCCCACUUGGGGUAUUUUUGAUCAUGAAACCCACGUCUCCACUUCGAUUGCGCCUGCUUAAACAGAAUCAACUGAAUUACAUCAAUAUUCGAGCAAAUGAUUUUAUGAAAGAUGAUUUAGAAGCAUUGAGAGUAAAAUUUCAACCAGCAUCCAAAGAUCACAUUAUUCCUAAUGGGAAGGUCGAAGAAUUUCCGGAACAGUACGUCUGUUCCAAAAUAAACAGAGACAUGCUCGACAAAGCAGGAUUUAAAGUUCAAGAAAUAAGUGAUUUUUCGUUUCUUUCAUUCGAACAUUUUUUAAUAAACCGCAUAUCGUCACGAGAAACCCACCAGAAAUACCCGAGUCCCGCAUUGAUGCCUUGGUUGAUGAUUUGCUUCGUGUUACCGGACUGA